GUACUUCAUUGCUAAUUGAGUUGGCAGCCUUGCAUGUCAGUUGGUCUGAAAUUCGCCGACAAGAAUAAAUAAAAGAACGAAAACAGUGAAGAAAAUUGUAAAAUUUCUGUUCAAAACCAUUUCUUAUCUAAAUUAUCGACUGGAAUCAAGUAGACGAAUGAUCAAAUAAACGUUUGAAAAAAAGCAGUGUAAUUUUUUAGGCUAAUUUAGAAAAUUGGGUUUGCAUUGCAAGUGCCUGUUGGCGACGUUGACGUUGGCGUUAGCGUUGCAGGGUGACAGAGCGAUUGGAAAACCAGAUCAACAAAGACAUCGCCGACGUUGACAGCAUUUCUGCUCUGCGCGUAAAACUCGUAAAACCAUGGGGAUCAACGUCAGCAGACAAGCUAUUCUAUCCGAGAAUGAACUAUUGCAACGCUUUGUUGGACGUACCCAUAUUCUACAAGAUGACGCGUCAUACUGGAAUGCACUAUUGAACUAUCAUAUCACAAUGCCAGAGGAUAGUCAAGAUCAGUUAAGUUUGGACUCACGUCUUGAGGCACUCUGCCAAUCGUUCAUAAGUAACAAUCUUAAAACAGGCAACUUUGGCUCACUGGUAUCUGUGUUUCUUGAAAGAGCCGCUGAGUUACUUUCUUUGUCUGAUAAAGAAAGCAACCUGCACAUAUGGCAAACAUUCAAUGCCCUGUUUAUAAUACGUUCGUUAGUUAAGUACAUCAUUGAGACUGGGUCCGAGUUUCAGCUUUUGCAACACUUCGAAGCGAUACCUAAUGAAGAGUUAUUGCGGGCAGAAGAAGGCGCAGCGAACACUGGCGCACAUGCUGACUGUACUACAAUCGCUGUUGAGGCCACCGAGGAUGGCGCUGCUGGUAGCGUGCUCGCAAAGGCAGCAGUAAUUGUUGAUGGCGCGAAGUUUGAGUCUUUCAUCGACGCGCUUGUAAAUCUGAUUGUGGUGAUUCCAGUCAAGGAGUUCACAUAUCACUUGCAUUUGGAGGCAGUGAAUACUUUCAUCACUCUUCUCUCCGUACACUUAUUCACCGAGCAACCCACAGAGAAAUUAAUAAUUUUUAGAACUAUAUACAAAUGCCAGCAUGCAAAUGUGCUUGUAUCCGCACUAUUGCAUUAUGUUGCGCGUAUGGUUGAAGUACCACAUACCAUGUUUGGCUCUUCAUCUUCUGGUUCAUUCGUUUUUGGUAUCGCUGAGUCGUUGCUUUCUAUUUUCACCUUCCGCAAACAACAGGAUGUACUGAAAGCAACUGGCGCUACUGGCGCUGAACUUUCGCAACAAUUUCGUGAACACUAUCCACUUGCAAAUCAAAGUCUUCUACUGAUUCUUAUACUAACAAAUCACUGUACCACUAAAGAUAAUCCAUAUCGCGCUAGCUUAUUUGGCUGCGCUGAUUCGAAAGAUUCGCCGAAGGAAGGCGCUUCUUUCCAGAUCGACUUCACCUCCGUUUACGAGACUUUAUGUCGUAUUGUGACUAUCGACCAAGCCACAUUGUUGUUAUAUCUCUUGCUACAUCGAAAUGAACGUUUCUACCGCUUUGUAAUGGCGCAGAAUGACCUAGAGAAUUUGGUGAUACCUAUAUUGCAGACAUUGUACCAUGCUCCGGAUAGUACUUCGCAUCACAUCUACAUGUCACUAAUCGUCCUGCUAAUACUUAGUGAGGAUGAUGGAUUCAACAAGAAUGUGCAUAAUAUAAUGCUUAAAAAUAUCCAUUGGUACACAGAGCGCACCAUAUCGGAGAUAUCGCUGGGUGGUCUUCUAAUCCUGGUUGUCAUACGCACUAUUCAAUAUAAUAUGUUGAAAAUGCGUGAUAAAUAUUUGCAUACAAACUGUCUGGCGGCGCUGGCGAAUAUGUCUGGGCAGUUUCGCGCAUUACAUCCAUAUGUAGCGCAAAGACUUAUAUCCCUUUUUGAAACAUUAGCGCGUAAGCACACGCGUCUCGAUGCGCAGCUGAAAGAACCUGUUAAUAAUGGAGUUUUCGUGAACGUUAACACCACGCCUGAGGAUAUGCUACAAGAUCUCACAGUGUUAGAAGAGGUGUUACGAAUGGUUUUAGAGAUACUUAACUCUUGUCUAUCCAAUCAGUUGGUUUACUGCCCAAAUCUGGUCUACACUUUACUAUAUAAACGAAGUGUUUUCGAAAGUUUCCGCAGUCAUCACGCGUUUCAAGAUAUAAUACAGAACAUAGAUAUGGUUGUAGGAUUCUUUUCCUCGCGUCUGCAGCGAGUUCAGGAGCAGCGUGGAGAACUGGGCGUAAACGAGGUGUUUGAGGUGAUAUCUAAAGGUGCCAGUCAAUGGUCGAGUGACCGGCUUAGGAAAUUCCCUGACUUGAAAUUCAAAUAUGUUGAGGAAGAUGCGCCUGAGGAGUUUUUCAUUCCGUACGUAUGGACAUUGGUAUGCAAAUACGGUUGCGUGCAUUUUAGUUCGGAAAGUAUUAAAGGUGUGACCACGGAUAUACAAUGCUAAUACAAUACGACAAUAGAUGAAAUUAACACUAAGCAGCAACAACACAUACAGUACACCGACUUUUUGAAGUUUGGGUUUUGUAGAAGUGAGAUGCAAUUGGUAGUAAUAAUGGCGCUGAUAGUAUUGUAACGAAGAUAUCUAUCAGCUUAGUGUGUAAUAUAUUAGCCUUAGAGGAAUCAUAUAUAUUUUUCAUUUCUGCCAACUUCUUAAGCGUCAAAACAUACACGCUGACGCGACAAUUACAAAAAUACAUAUGUAUGUGCUUAUCACGUAGGAAAAAAGAAGUUUGUAAGAAAAUAUCUUCGCAUGGGGGUGUAUUAGAAAUACAACAAUUUACUUUUAAGUAUUUUUAUGAUAAAUGUUGCUGAUUUUUUAUGUUACAGCUUUACAUAUUUUCUCUCCUAUAAAUUAAAAUCGACCCAAUGAAUGAUUGAAUUAAUAAAUUUUGGAUAUGCGCGCAAUAUAGACGAUAAUUUUAAAUUGCUCUUUCAUCUAUACGAAAACUACUACUUAUAAAUUAAAUUAUAGAUCUUGGGGGCGUUAUACAAAAUUUGAAAUAUUAAUUAGAAAACUAUUACAUCUAAAUUAAAUUAAAUUAAAGCAAUUCGAUUGUACGAAUGAACAACUGAGCUGUAAAACGCCCCAAACAGUUGCAAAAAUUAGCAAUAAAUGAAAUAUUUCAAAAUUCAAAGUGAAAGUCAGAUGUAAACGACAGCGAGCACGAGGCAAAGCAUAAUAUGGAUGAACUCGGUGAUAAGUUCAUGGCAUCGGAUUUUCUGAUUUUUGCAAUUGGGCUUAGUAAAAAAUUUGAACAAGUGAAAAAAAAACAAAUAGAAUCUAUAUAUACCUUGAAACUUGAUAUUUACAUUCUAUGUAUGUUGAAGAUUAUAGAUUAUAUAUACAAUAUUAUAAAUACAUUUAAACAGAUAAAUUCAUGAAAAACUAAAAUUAUACGAUUUUAUUCUGGAGUAAAAAGUUAUAUAGUUCAUAUAUACAUACAGAAUAUGUGCAAAUAUUAAGCAGAUAAACCAUGCUGUGCACGGGCACUAUGUGCAUAUAUGUAUAUGUUUAUCCACAUAUAUGUAUGUAUGUAUGCAGAUAAAAAA